CCACCGCCGCCGCCGCGCGGGAGUCGCUGUCCGCGGAGCCGAUAUGCAGGCGGCGCGGGGCGGCGCGGGGCGGCCCGGCCGGGAGGGCCGCGGGCUGGAGCGUGAGUGCGAGCGGUCACCGGGCCCAGGAGUCGCCAUGCCCCCAGGGCCGUGCGCCUGGCCGCCCCGCGCCGCGCUCCGCCUGUGGCUAGGCUGCGUCUGCUUCGCGCUGGUGCAGGCGGACAGCCCCUCUGCCCCCGUGAAUGUGACUGUCGGGCACCUCAAGGCCAACUCUGCCGUGGUCAGCUGGGAUGUCCUGGAGGAUGAGGUUGUCAUCGGCUUUGCCAUCUCUCAGCAGAAGAAGGACGUGCGGAUGCUCCGCUUCAUUCAGGAGGUGAACACCACCACCCGGUCCUGCGCUCUCUGGGACCUGGAGGAGGACACAGAGUACAUUGUCCAUGUGCAGGCCAUCUCCAUUCAGGGACAGAGCCCAGCCAGUGAGCCUGUGCUCUUCAAGACCCCACGGGAGGCUGAAAAGAUGGCCUCAAAGAACAAAGAUGAGGUGACCAUGAAGGAGAUGGGGAGGAACCAGCAGCUGCGAACGGGCGAGGUGCUGAUCAUUGUUGUGGUCCUCUUCAUGUGGGCAGGUGUUAUAGCUCUCUUCUGCCGCCAGUAUGACAUCAUCAAGGACAACGAGCCCAAUAACAGCAAGGAGAAAACCAAGAGUGCAUCAGAAACCAGCACACCAGAGCAUCAGGGUGGGGGUCUCCUCCGCAGCAAGAUAUGAUACCUUUUCAGUGCUUGCUCUGAGCAGCUCAGAAGACAGUAGAGAAUGCGAGAGGACCUCCUGUUCUGAUGGUGAUUGUCCAACAUGCAUCUGGCCCGCUCUGCAGCUCCACCCACCUCCAUCUUCUCCUAUCAUUGGGCUGACUAUCCUCUCUCUUGGCUUCUCUCUUUCUGAUAGCAGUUCCUGAAGCCUCUCACUAACCCCUGACUCCAGGUGUACCUCAGCACUGUCCGUGGCUGAGGCUACACCCGGAGACAGAGUUGCAGAAUGAGAGAGAGAGAGAGAGACCCAGCCAGAGGGAUGCCAUUGCUGCGGGGUAGACUGGGUGCCAAGGCUCUUGGCACAGGACUCACAUCUGGGCCACUCAGCUUGACCGAAGGCUGCGUGUGAAAGGGGAGAAAGACAAGACUUCCAGGCAGGGCUAUUCUUUUUGUUUCUACGAGGGACAAGAGCCUGGCUUUUAGGCUGUAGCCCCGCUGUUCCUUUUCUCCUCUGUCCCGUUUCCUACCUUACAAGGAGUCCAUUCAACUGGCUCUGGCCACUUCUCUUACCUGGUCCCUUCCUGGUUUCCAAAGAAGUCCUCUGUGAACACCAUCAAAGCAUGGAUACCCCCAUCUGCAAGGGAUGGGCUGCAUCCCCUGCUGGUCCAUGUCCUUCCUAUGCACGGGAUGAGAGCUGUAAAAGCGGUGGGGGCGCAGCUAGCCACAGUUUCUCUUUCUCCCCACCCUAGUCUUUCGGAGGAGGCUGAACUAACUACAAACCCAAAUUCUGGAAAAAAAAAAAA